UAAACAACUACAGAGCUUGCUGGCACGUGAUUGCUAUUCACGUGACAUGUUACGUUUUGUACUUUCAAGAUGACGACUCAAAAGCUGCAGUCUGAGGAUAGUCGAUUGAAUGACAGAUAUUCAGUUUUGCUUCCUACUUACAAUGAAAGAGAUAAUUUGCCUAUUAUUGUUUGGUUGUUGGUGAAAUGCUUUACAGAACUCCUCAGGCCAAGACCAAAGAAACUAGGAUUAGGAACUGCAUAUGUCCACGGGAUGCAGCAUGCGACAGGUAACUUCAUAAUUAUUAUGGAUGCGGACCUAUCACAUCAUCCAAAAUUUAUACCAGAGUUUAUAAGGAAGCGUGAAAUGGGUAAUUACGAUAUUGUAUCUGGAACACGCUAUACAGGAAAUGGAGGUGUACAUGGCUGGGAUUUAAAAAGAAAAUUAAUAAGCCGAAGUGCUAACUUUAUAACUCAGGUGCUACUGAGACCAGGCGCAUCCGACCUGACAGGUAGUUUCAGGCUGUACAGAAAAGACAUUUUGCAGAAGCUGGUGGAAAAAUGCGUUUCUAAAGGUUACGUCUUUCAGAUGGAGAUGAUUGUCAGAGCUAGACAGUUGGGAUUCACCAUUGGAGAGGAAGCUGUUCUUAGGAAAGGUCCUGCCAGUGAUACUGAGGAGGAGUCAGCUGUGUCACCUGCACCAAAAAGGGUCCGUUUGGACAUUCAUUGGGACAGUGGACCAUUGCAUUCUGACUUUGACAAAGAGAACUAG